AUGUCACCAAAGAAAUUCAAUCACAAGGCCGUCAAUCAAAAAGCUCCUGGUGAAACUAAUACUGUUUCUGCUGCUCCUGUCGGUACUGAUGCUCAAGGCUCAAUUGCUGCCACUCUAAUGGAGAUUGGUUAUCCUAUCAUCACUGCUAGUCAAGAUGUAAUCAAUGGUGGUUCAUCUGCUAGUUCUUCCAGCGUUGGUAUUAUCCAUAGGGAUUUACCUAGAACGUCUGUUUCAACCGAUGGUAUCAAUGGUGAUGCAUCUGGUAAUUUUUCUGUGCCUGCUGAGAUUCAUGGGAGUCAAACAGGCAGUGUCAGUGCUAGUAGUAAUAUUUACGGGAAUACUGCUGCUUCUGUAGGUGAUGCGAACGUUGACAAUGCAUCUACCACCUUUUAUCAUAUUCCAGUACCUCAAGCAUUGGAUGUCCACAAGGAUCAAUCAAUCAUACCUUCAAAUCUUGGUGUCUUGCGUAAUCAACUUGAGAUGGCUGAACGCACCUAUGAAUUGGUAUUUGGAAAGACAGGGAGUACCUUGGUACCAAAUGAAACACCCUAUUUUCAAUGGCGUGGACACUUCUUCAAGAAGCGUAGAGCUGUAUUCGCAACACCAAACGAUUGUCUCGAUCAUUUUGAACUGGUUUUACAAGCUCAUCGUCUAUCAAUCCAUGACAACUGGGAAAGAAUUGUACCUGUGGAAUACAUCCACUAUGAUCCGCAUUCCGACAGUUCAUCCAGUUACCAGAUUUAG